UAUCGACUUUACCCAUUCCUAAUUCCUAUUGUCGGAGAAAAAAAAGAAAUAGCUAUAUUUUUGAUUGUGCAAUUAAGCACGAGAUCAACAAACAAAAAUAAUGCAUCCAAUUCAGCGAAUAAUUUAUGCGUUUGGUCAUCGUACCUUUUCCAUGCCUAUACUUACAAAGAAGCCCUCAAGCGGUUCCAUAAUGGCAUCUUUGAUAAAUGUGCGCGAAAAUUCCUCGUUUGUGCUGGCUCCUGAGUCAUCUGAUAAGGGUAUGAUUAUUCUGAACCGACCUAACGCUUUAAACGCACUUAAUUUAGAUAUGACAAGAAAAAUAUAUAAACACUUGAAAAAAUGUGAAUUGUCGAAAUUAAUGGUAAUAAUCAAAGGCGCUGGAGGAAAGGCAUUUUGUGCCGGUGGCGAUGUACGAUCCAUAGUCGAAGCAGGGCCUACUGAGGAAUCUAAGGCUUUUUUCCGAGAAGAAUAUACAUUAAAUGCAUUAAUUGGCAAUUACAUUAUACCGUACAUUGCUAUUAUGGAUGGCAUUACCAUGGGUGGUGGUGUUGGCCUCUCUGUUCAUGGGAAAUACCGUAUUGCAACUGAACGUACACUUCUCGCUAUGCCCGAAACCGCUAUCGGUCUUUUCCCGGACGUAGGUGGUUCUUAUUUCCUGCCGCGGCUACAGGGAAAACUUGGACUCUUCCUUGGGCUGACUGGGUUUAGACUGAAAGGAGAUGAUGUAUUGAAAGCGGGAAUAGCAACGCACUAUUGUGAGAGUACGAAACUAGGAGAUUUACAAAAUGAUCUGCUUAAUUGUAAAGAUGCAGAUAUAGUACCCAAUAUCCUUGAAAAGUAUAACUCACCCUCUAAAAAUGAUUUCAUUCUGAACGCAGUCAUGGAUAAAAUAAAUAAAUGUUUCACAGCUAAUUCUGUUGAGGAAAUUGUUGAAAAUCUGAAAAGGGAUGGAAGCGAUUGGUCCAACAAGACUCUUGAGACACUUGGAAAAGUUUCACCGCUGUCUUUAAAAGUCACAUUUCGGGAAUUGGAAUUAGGUUCUAAACUGCUGCUGCCGCAAUGUCUAAAAAUGGAGUAUCGUAUGGUUGUUCGUCAUUUGGAAGACAGUGACUUCAAAGAAGGGGUUCGUGCCCUUCUCAUUGACAAAGACCAGAUGCCUAGAUGGAAUCCCUCUACAUUGGAAGCAGUAACUGAAGAACGCGUUGAUUGGUUCUUCCGAAAACUGCCUGAUACCGACGAGUUGAAAUUGUAAUAAUGUAUUCAGAGUCUACAUUUUGGACUAUUUACAUAUACGCUCCAAGUCGUUUGAGUUUUACACUUUUUAAAAUCUGGAUUUUAUACAUUUUGCCUUGUUUGAUAAUGUAAAACGACUUAAAAAAAUUGUGCCAGUUACAUCAAUCUCAACAAAAAAGUAUAUACACCAAAAUUUAUCAAUGCAUUUAUUUACAAAUUAUAAUAUCAAUAAAAAUAAUUUUUUCUUAUAUAAAUAACAGUAAAAAUAAAACAAUCACCCCUAUUGUGUGUGUCGACUAGUAGUAGAUGAACGGCUAUUAUUCGAUUAUCUCUUUUCAAUGGUAUUGUGAAUGUCGAUUUCCGUUCAAUAAGCGACUGUGGACAGUUUUAGACGUUCAUCCUUCUACGACUAAAAACCAUUCACACUCACUUAUUGAAAGAGAAAACGACAUUGAAAAUACCAUGGAUAAUCGAUAAUCGAAUAAUAGUCGUUUAUGUAUUACUAGUCGACACUCGCGAUAGAGGUGAAUAUGUAUUUACUACAGCUAUGAUUAUAUCAAUCUACUUAUAUGUAUGCAUGUAGUACAUAUGCACGUAUAUAUUUAGCAAUUUUUACCAAGAAAGUGUCUUGUAAUGCGUACCUAAUAACGCUUCAACUACAUUUAAAUAUAAGUAUAAAUGUAACUAGAUCAGAGAAGCUGAAAGUAAAUUAGUACCAUGUAAAUAUAAAAAGUAAUAAUUAUACUUAAGUGUUACUUUUAAAAUAUGUUCAUGUUUAGUACAAAACAAUAAAUCCUUCUUGUUUGCUUUUUA